AUGAUGGACUUUUUAGGUAAAAAUUUCCUCAUUAAUUGGUUUAGAGCUAAAAAAAGUAGGUUCCUAGGGGACUCCUAAUAAAAAAUCUCCAAACAAAAAAUCUCCAUAGAAGCCUGCAGGAAUAGCUGGCUUGGUUAUGGAAUAGAUGAAAUUAGUGGAUUCCAGAACUCAUAAAUAGAGGAUGCUCGAUUAGCAAGAGAUAAGGCAGAAGUAAAUAUUGAAAAAAUCUAUGAAGGAGAUGGUGGAGUAGAUUUCGAUGAAGCUGAGGAGAAAAAAAUGAUAUCAUAGGAUUUAGUAAGAAUUAGUAACCUCGCUUUCAGUCAAAAGAAAGUAUCUGAAUUCGUCUCUUGCUACUUUGCUAUGCUAGGAGUAGGAUGCACAAUUGUCGCCUCAGAAAUUAACUACUUCAGAAAUCUUGAUGACAAGAACAAGGAUCAUGUCAUUACUUUGCUGAUAAUUUCUAACCUUGACAAUCUGAUAAAUACUGGGCUUUGGAAGAAUAUUGUGCUUGAAAUCCUACUUUCACUUGUAAUGAGUUACCCAUCACUUUAUGGCGAUGUUUACAUUGAGACUGCUAAUGACUGGAGCAAUGGUAAAGAAUUUGUCACAAACGAUUUAAUGUUGUGCUUAAUGAUUUUCUGCAGACUUCAUUUCCUUUGUAGAGCUAUCAUCUAAUUGUCAUUUUAUACUAAUCCAAGAGCUUAGAGAGUGUGCAGUAUUUAUGGAGCUGAUGCAACAAACACAUUUGCUCUUAAAUCACUUAUGAUUGAAUAUUCUUGGCUUAUUACUUUGGCAUCCAUGAUGAUAUGCCUUUUUGUGUUAUCCUACACCAUCAGAUUAUUUGAAAGAUAACUUUAAAAUAACUUUUACCACAUUACCACCUCCAUGUGGUAUGUACUUAUUACAAUGACAACUGUUGGUUAUGGUGAUGUUUAUGCUUACUCUCAUGCUGGUAGAGCUAUAACUGUCGUCUGUGCAUUCGUUGGUGUGUUAAUUGUCUCAUUGUUCGUUAUUUGUCUUAUGAACAUUUUGAAAUUUGAUUACUCCCAAGAAAAAUCUUUCAACUUGUUACAAAGACUUAAGCAUAAGGAUAUCUUAAGAAUUUACGCUGUUGGUAUGCUCGCCUCUACUUAUAAAAUUAAAAUAUUAAGAAGGAAAAUUCUUGAGAGGAAAAACACUGAUAAGGACAAAGAACUCAGACAUGAGUUAAGAAUGCUUAGAAGACAAUUCUCAAAUCAUUAAUAAAAUUUCCAAAAAAUUUCAAAGGUAAUAAAGAAUAUGAGUGACCCGAUAGCUGAUAUGGAGAGUUUGAAAAGAAAUAUAUUUACAACUUCGAAUGAUGUUGAAAUGAUUAGAGCAAACAUUGCUAGAAUAUUCUCUUACAAAUCAAAAAAUACUUAAGCUCCUGAUAUGUUCAGUCAGAAAGAUUUAGAGAGAAUUACCCUAAAUAUUCACAGAAGAAGUACAAAAAAGAGAAUGUUAAAGGCUAUCCCUCACAGAGCCUGA